AUGGAUCAGAUGUACAUGACCCCUACCAGCGACUAUUGCGCGUCGCCAAUGUCCUUCCCAAAUGUUCCUGAGCUGCUGUCUUGCUCAUUCGAUGACGUCUCAACAGAUCCAAGCCCCAGCCCUCCGAUGAUGUAUGGUAGCCUCAACAACCGAUACCACACAUACCCAAGUCCAACAUCCUAUCCUCAAUACGUGGACUCUCAACCACAAGUCGUCAACUCCAUCGAAUUCACAGACCUCACCCAGCCUCAAUUGGAAGAUCGACGAAGAAGGCGAUCGAACACGCAACAGGAUAAAGAGAGCGUCUCGAAUAUGCGCAUCCGUCGCCGCGCCCAAAAUCGAGCCUCUCAGCGCGCCUUCCGCGAACGCAAAGAGAAGCACGUUCAGCACCUCGAACACGAACUUGAGGAGCUCGAGGCAAAGCACCAGAACCUUUCAAGAUCUUACACCGAUCUUGACAGCACACACGCGAAAUUGAAAAUGGAGGUCAAGCAGCUACGGAGCGAGCUGGAGUCGGUCAAGUCGUCGCGAGAAGGCUCUGUCAACGAGAAUCCACAGUCCAACAGCAACUUCUUCGAUCCCUUCUCCUCCGACGGUAAUUUUUACGGCUCAGGGACAGAAGUGCGGUUCUGA